ACAUUCACCGAAUGUCCGAAUGUGACUGACAAUAGCCGCUGGUUGCUUUAGUCUUUAGACUGGAGUCGAGAGAAAAAAUCGUUUGCAUUAAUUAUUAGGAACAAAAAAAAAAAAAAAAAUGAAAACUACUUUGUAUAUUGAAAUAGUGUAGAACAUAUUCGAAAAUAUAUAAUGUAUCUUUCCUUUUAUUCACAAAAAAGAAACGAAAUUGUUGUAUUUUUAUAAUAUUUUUUAUAACAAGGAAACAAAAUAAUCGCGACAUAUAGUGCGUUUCCUUCAAUGCCACGGGAAGUCUUAAAAAAAACUUGAAAUCUUCUGUAAACAAAUCUAUUUUUACAAGACAAAAACGUUAGUGUGCCUUACAUUUUUUUUUUUUUAUUUAUUGAAAAAUGGAUAUUUAUUUCACUGGGAAAAAAUUGACAACUAUUUUUUUAAAAUAAAAAAUGAUUCCUAGUUGAGAAAAAAAUCGCAAAUGACGAAAAUCAAGUAAAAAUUUAGAUAAUCCAUUUCAAUGGAAAAGUGGAAAAGUAAAGGAAAAACAAUUCAAAAAACAGAUAGUCUUCUUCCACCAACACUUCGACAGCAACAACAACAACAACAAGACGUCGAUUCUUCAACUAUUGAAAAAAGAAAAGGAAAACGAUGGACAAUUGGUGGUUUUUUGAAAAGAUUAUCCCACCGUGAUGGUGGUGAUGCAUCAUCAAGUGGCGAUGCAUCAAGUAAUCAUAAUACACCAGUUAUUAGACGAAAAAAAUCCAAAAAUAUAUUAAAAAAUAAAUCUUCACGUCGUGCCAUUUGUUCAUCAUUACAAACAAAAAAAGAUUUUGAUUUUCAAUAUAAAAGUGGUAAAUCAUUGGAAAUAAAUCCAUUUAUAUUUCCAAUUGUCGAAUCAUUAACAGUACCACAAGAAUUUCUUUAUUCACGUAGUAGUGAUGGUUCACUAGAUGGUUCAACAAAAAAAGUUCGUAAAGAUAAAAUAAAAGCAAGAGUCGAAGCUAAAAGAGAUAAACUUUGCACAAAUAGCAGUACCGAUGAUAGUUCAAAUGAAUCAAAACAACAAAAUAAUGGUUAUAAAUCAGAUGUUUGUUUAAGACGACGAAGAAAUGCAAGAGCUGAACGUCUUAUGAAAAGUUUAUGUCGUGAGGAGAAUGUAAAAAAAAAUGAACAAUCAACAUCAAUAAUUGAUUAUCAAUUGAAAAUUCAAGAAAAUAAAAAUCCCCUCGUUAAACAAACAUUUCAAUAUUUUUCUGAUUUUGAUAGAAAAAAUAAUUAUGAAAGAGAAAAAAAUUCACGUCGUCGACAAACACAACAAAUUUUUCCAGUCAUUUCUAAUAGCUGUGAUGUAAACAAUAAGAAAUCAAAAUCUCAAGAGAAUUUAUAUUUUCAAUUAAAUUUUCCCAAUGAAAUUCAACAAUCUCAUGCGUCUUCCCUUGAUAGUCAUUAUAAAAGUUCAAAAAUUCAAAAUCCUCCAAAUAAUUAUAGAGAAAGUCCAAUAAAUUAUAGAGAAAAUUCAAUAAAUUCUAGAGAAAAGCCAAUAAAUUAUAGAGAAAGUCCAAUAAAUUAUAAAGAAAGUUCUUAUUUAAAUUAUAGAGGAAAUUCUAGAGAAAAUCCAAUGAAUAAAGAAAAUUCACUAAAUUUUCAAGAAUAUUCCAAUAAUGAUUAUAGAGAAAAUAAUCAAUACGACAAUAUGGGAAUUUAUUCAAGAAUACGUUCACCAUCACAAAAAUCCGAUAGUUCAUAUCGAUCGGAUUUAAGAACAAGAUCAUCUGCUUCCGAGAGUUUUCGAAAAAUAUUACCAGAAAAUAAUUAUUAUUCACCACGAGAAUUUAAUUCAGUGAAUUGUCAAUCAAAUUUAGAAAAUUUUACAAAUAUUUCGCAAAAACAAAAUAAAUAUCAAAUUAAUGAAAAUAGGGAAAAAUUAUCAUCACCAAGAGAAAAUAAUUCUGAUAGUAAAAGAAGUUCAAAAAAUUUGGAAGAAGCACUCUGUGAAUUGGAGGCAAUUUACAAUAGUUUACAAUUGGGUGACGAGGAUCUUUUAGAAAGAGCUGAGAAACGAGAUAUGGAAGAAUACAGUAAUAAAAAAAUGGAAAAUCAUUAUUUAGAGAAAAAAACAUCGAAAUUCGAACCAAAUAUUGUCAAAGAUGACAUGGCAUUUAGAAGAUUAAAAUCAUCGAAUCGUCCCACAUCCGAUGGUCACGUGAUGUUGUCAAAUAUAAGUUAUCUUAUAACAUCGCCAAUUGCAUCGCGACGAAAUAUUCAUUACAUGGAAUCAAAACAAAAACAACGCAACAAAGAGCCAGAUAUUAAAUUUGACGAUGUUGUUUUUCGAAAUUUACAUCAUGCAAAUAAUUCAUUAAAAGUCAUUGAACCACAACCACCUUUUGGCAUUCCUCUUGGACCAAUAACCGGAUCAACGGAAAGUGAUUAUCUUCAUACAAAACCAACGAAAAUUAUAGCAAAUUCCCGCUGUGAACCCGAUAUUGUAAUGGAUGAUCUUGCUUUUAGAAAUUUACGUAAAGACAAAAAAGAUGUCGAUAAGAAACCAUCGAAUUUUGUCACACGUAAAAAACGUGCCGUUCGCUCUCUAUCGGCGAAUCUCUAUAGUCUCAUCAAUAAAUCAGAUAAUGAGGAAAUUGAAUGGAAUUUUGAUAAUGUAAAUCUCGACAUUAAUGGCAAUCAAUCGGAAGAGGUGCAACAAAUCAAGUCAAGAGGAAUUUCACCACUUUGGAAUGAGGAAAAUUUAAAUUCUCCAACAGAGAAAACAGAAAAUAAAAUUAAUGAUUUGAAAAAAAUCGAAAUUCAAAAGGUAAAAUUAAAUGAUGAUUCAGUUAUUGAUGAAAAACAUGAAAAAAAUUUCAAAACACCUAAACAAAUUGAAAAAAAUUCAAUUCUAGAAAAAAUUGACAAUCAAAAUAAAAAUCAAGGUACAGUAAAAAAAUCCUAUCCGGAAAUCAAAUUCAGUGAAAAAAAUUGUGAAAAAAGUGAAAUUGACAAUCAAUCUUGUGAUAAAAUUCAAAAUACUCUGAAACAAAUGGAAACAAUUAUCGUCGAAAAAAUGGAAAAUCCUUUAGAAAUUCAAGUAAAAAAUUCCCAAAAUCAGACAAUUGAGGAAAAAUCAAGAAAAGAUCUGGGACCAUUUACAGAGCAUGAAAUUUCAAUAUAUCGACAACUUUGUCAGGAACUUGAGAAUUUGGUCGAUUCAACAAAAUUAAAUGAUGUGCAAUUGGAAAAUUCCAAUGAAAUCCCAAUAGUUUCAAAAAGAGAGACAAAAAAUUUAGUUGAUAAUUUAACGAGCGAUGAAAUUGAUGAAAUUGGCAAUGAAAUAACGUGUUUACGUGAAAAAUUGACAAAUUUUGUAAAUACCAAAGAAAUUAAUAACGAUAAUCAAAUUAUUAAGAAUUCAUCGAUAAGUGAGAGGAGUGAAGAAUCAAAAAAUAAACAAGUCAAUAAUGAUGAUGAUGAUAAUAAAAUUGGUGAAUCUAAUUUAUUGAAAGAUGAAAUGCCAGAAUGUUCGAGAAAUGUUUUUAAUUUAUCAAGGAAUGCAACGUCGUCGAGCGAAGGUGAGAAACAGUGUAAAGAGGCUACUACUACUACUACUACUAUUAGUAAUGUGUGUAACGCUGAAUUAUUGUUACUAACUGUAAAAUAUGUUUGUUAUGUUACUAAUCAGAUGAAAGCUCAUUUCUUUUUAUUGCUCGCAUUUUUCUUUGUGCUAUUAAUCGCGAUUACUACGAUGUAAGCAUGUGCAAAAAUCUCAAAAAAUUCGAUUCAAUCAUUUCGUAUGUGUGUCUGUGUGUUUCAAUAGUGCAACAUUUUUCGAAUUUUCGAAUGAUUUUGAGUAUUUGAAUAAUAAUUUUCAGGUUUUCAACAAUUUCAAAUAUUCGAAUAUUUAUCAAUUCUUAUAUAUUUUUAAGUUCUCGAUUAUGAGUAUAUUUUUUGAAUUCUCGAAUAAUUUCAAGUUUUUGAAUAUUUUUGAAUUUUUGAAUAAUUUCAAUUUUUCAAAAUCACUGCGAGUACAAUGAUUUUUCAAUGAUUAUUAUGAGUAAUCAGAAUUUUAGAAUUCUAUAAAAUAAAUUCGAGAUCUUGAAUGUUUUUGAAUUCUUGAAUUGUUUCAAGUUUUUGAAUACUUUCAAGUUCUUAAAUGAUUCGAGUAAUUACAAAUUUUCGAAUAGUUUCAAAUUUAUUGAAUUUUUCUUUGAGAUCUGAAUUGAAUUAUUUCAAGUUUUUGAAUAGUUUCAAAUUUUGAAAACAAAAUUAUUUUUGAUUUUUAUUCGUGAGUACACGAAUAUUUUUUUAUUUUUAAUAUUUAUUGAGUUUUUUAAUGAUUCGUAAAUUCCAAAUUUUUCGAAUUUUUGAAUAAUUUCAGGUUCUUGAAACUUUCAAGUCCUUAAUUGAUUCGAGUAAUUAAAAAAUUUCGAAUUUUUGAAUAGUUUUUUUGAAUUUUUUUAGAUCUGAAUUGAAUAAUUUCAAAUUGUCGAAUGAGUAUAAGUUUCUGAAUUAUCGAAUAAUUAAAAGUUCUUGAAUUUUUUUGGAAUUCUUUAAUAUUUUUUAAGUUUUCAAAUGAUUCUUAAUUUAUUUACUCAAUACUUUCAGGUUCUUAAAUGAUUCUAGUGAUUAAAAAAUUUCUAAUUUUCAAUUAGUUUCAAUAUCUUGAAAUUUUUUUGAGAUCUAAAUUGAAUAAUUUCAAGUUCUUGAAUGUUUUUGAGUUUUCGAAAAGUUUUAAGUUCUUGAAUAAAUUCAAGUUCUCGAGUUGUUGCAUAUUUUUGAAUGUUUUCGAAUUAUUUUUAAAUUCUCAAAUAAUUUUGCGUAUAGAAAUAAUUUAUUUCAAUUUUCGAAUAGUUUCAAUUUCUUGAAUAUUUUUGAAUGCACGAAUAAUUUUUAAUUUUGGAAUAGUUUGAUGUUUUUGAAUGAUUCAGUACUCAAAUUUUUCGAAUUUCUUGAAUGUUUUGAAUUUGGAAUUAAAUAAUUUUGAAUUUUCGGAUAAUUAUCAGUACCUAAAAUUUUUGAAUUCUCGAAUAUUUUUUUUUUCUUAAAUAAUAAUUUCAAAUUUUUGAAUGUUUCUGAAUUCACAAAUAGUUUCAAGUUCCUCAAUAAUUCUGAGUGAUUAAAUAAUUUAAAUUUCUUGAAUAGUUACAAGUUUUUGAAUAUUUUCGAAUACUCAAAUGGUUUUCAAUUCUCAAAUGAUUUUGAGUUCCAAAAAAAAUUUAUUUAAGUUCUCGAAUAGUUUUUUUUACUUAUUUUUUUUAAUAUUUUUAAACUCUCAAAUGGUUUAAAAUUCUCAAACGAUUUCGAAUACACGAAUAAUUUUGGAUUCCUAAAUAAUUUCUAGUACUUGAACUUUUUGGAUUCGUCAAUCAAGUUGAUAAUUUCAAAAAAUUAAAUUCUUUUCAAAUUUUAAUUUUGUACUUGAAUUAUUCCUGAUUUUAGAAUUGAUUUAAAAACUACAGUAAAUUUUUUAAACUCAAAAAAUUAAAUUCUUAAAAUUUUCAUAUUCUUGAAUUCACUCGAGAACUUAAAAUUGUUCACAAUUUUUUUUUUUUUUUUAGCUGAGAGAAAAUUUAAGAUUGACUCAAAUUUUUUUUUUUUGAGCUUUUUGCACAUCUCUACUGCGAUGCCAUGAAAUCAGACUGUGUGUGAUGUUUUACAUAUGUUAUUUGAUUGGAAAUGUGCUGGCUUGCUACGAAACAAAAAAAAAAAAAAAAAAAAGAAAGAAAGAAAGAAAAGAAGAAAAAUAGUUUAUAGAAUAUUAUUUUUCAUAAAUGUUCUUCAUAAUGAAGAAUCCAUUAAAGUGAAAUUAAUAUUAUAUAUGUAUAUACUAAUGUCACAGGUGCGGACACUACUCUUACAUGACGAGAAGCGUUGUUCUGAACGAGUAUAUUGUAAAACACUGUGUACAUCGUCGAGUGAUGAUGAUGAGUCAUACGUCAGGUUAAUUAUUAUUUAAAAAAAAAAAAAAUUGUAAAACUCGAAUGUACAAUGGACUGUUAAAAAGAAACUGACUUGUUGUUAUUAAUUUUAAUAAAGUUUAAUCGUUAAAAAUUUU